AUGAUCUUUGGAACUCUUUUUGGAUAUAUUUGUUGUUUCAUUUUGGACCUUCGAAUUUUGGUUGGAAGAAAAAUCUUUCCAUGUUUUAUAUUCACACUUGAUUAUCACUUCUCAGUGCCUGCCUUGUCAUGUGCAUUUAUUUUACGAUUUAUUCGAUUGGUGGUAUUGACAUGGUUGAAUAGUGUCAAAGUCCGAGUUGGAAAGAGACAAAUGUUGAGAGGAAGUAUGGAAGAUGCAGCGAUUAUGGGAACGGCAGUGAGUGAAGUGGCCAUGCAUGAAUUGGUUCAACAACAACAACUGCAUGUCAUUCCAUCCAUGUCAAGUGACAUUUCUGCCGUGACAGUUGGCAAUGAUGUGACAACAACCGUUGAAAUUCCAAAAUCUUCUAAAACAAAGAGUCCUUCUUCUGAGGAAUUAGUAUUCUUCAAAAAGGAUACGUAUUUUCAAAAUUUUGAAAAAGGAAAAUUAAUCCAUGUGUUGAAAUUUUUAGUGAGCUCAAAAUUCAUUUAUAUCACUUUUGCAAUCAUUGGAUUUAUUCACUUGUCAGUUUAUUUCAUUGUUGGAGGUGUGGAUUAUUACAAUUACACGCACGACAUUAAAAAUCCAAAUAAGAAACAAGCAUUUGUGGUGGAUACCUUUGUCUUUGCUGCUGCAAACGGAUGUGGAACUGGUACCUAUCACACCAACAUGUACAUUUCAUAUCUUUCCAUUUAUGCAUUUGUAGGAAUAGUCUUUGCUGUUGGUGCUCUCUUUAUGAAACGUGACAUUUGGUAUGUCAAGCGUGAAAUUGUUCUCACCGUUGUGAAUUGGUCUUUCUUUGCACUCGUUUAUGCAGUUGUGAAUUUAUUUUCACAAGUGACGACCUUAGUGGAUUAUUUUGUUCCAGUUGCACAAAUGACUGUUCAGAUUGCAUGCAUCUUGGAUAAUAUCACCACGACCAUCUUACCUGUCAUGUAUCAACAAAUAGAAAAAAAGAAGGACAGUCAAACAAAUUUAACUUUAGAAAAUGACGACGGAAAUCGCAUUCGAAAAAUAUUAUUGAAUUCAAAAUGGAAUUCUCUCUUUUUACAAUUUUCUGAAAAAUCCUUUUCUUCGGAAGAUAUAAUGAUGUGGAAUGCUGUGGAACAAUUCAAAAAAUCAAUUCAGAAAAAUUGA